AUGGCGCUUAUUGAAGCGUCGGCCACAAAUAUCCGCCUUGUUGGUGGCAGGACGCCGUACUCAGGCCGCUUGGAGGUGGAGCACGGUGGGCAGUGGGGAACAGUGUGUGACGACGAGUUCACAGUCACCAGCGCAAAGGUCGUCUGCAGGAUGCUCGGAUUUGAAGACACAGGGCACUGGGAUAAGAUAGUCUUGCUAGAUAGUCUUAACUGCAAUGGUUACGAAGAAGACGUUGCAAACUGCUCGCAUGAUAGUUGGCAAUCAACUGAUUGUUCACACAAAGAGGACGUCGGCGUCAACUGCCACACGAAAGUGCAAUUGGCGACUGGUUCUGCCACACACGACGGCCAGGUGGAGGUGAACAUCUCUGGGAUCUGGGAACCAAUAUGUGCCGAGAACUUCACCUUAUCCGAAGCCAAGGUCGUCUGCGGGAUGAUGGGAUUCAGUUUCAAUGGAGCACAGCUCACGUCAUCACACUCCUACCGAAAUACUUUCUCUCCGAUAUCCUACUCAUGUCAUGGAGCAGAAAAAGACAUUUACUUGUGUGUGAGAAGGAAUACUAGCACGUGCUUUUUAUCCUCUGCGGCGUCCAUUAACUGUCGAACUCCAAUUUGGCUAGUGAACGGCACCAGCUCCCAGUCAGGACGUGUUGAGGUCGAGUACAGAGGUCGCUGGGGGACGAUAUGCGAUGACGGCUUCGAUGACCUUGAAGCAAAAGUCAUCUGUAACAUGCUUGGUUUUAGCACAAAUUAA